AUGUCCGCGGGCGCUGCAAAGCAAACGUCCUUGCUGGGCUUCUUUAGCAAAGCGCCUAAGCAAACAACACCUACGAAAGAAGCUCCAAGCACGCAGGACCCUUCCUCAGCUGUGUCGACGCCGCCUCCUACAGCAGAACGGUCCAGUGACGCGUCCUCGUCCAAGCAUGAAUUGUCGUCGCCUACACCGGACGUAUCUCGACCUGCCAAGGUGCCACGCACGAGCCAAAAGACUUUGUCUGCAUCGUCGUCGCUCACGCCCCCACCAUCAAGUGACGUGACCAUGACGGAGGAGACCGCUCCAUCGUCGUCUCCAACACAAGGGCGUCGUCGUGCGGCUCGACGCAUUAAUUACUCGGAACGACACAUGAAGCUUGAUGAGGACGACGACGACGACGACGAUGAUGAUGAUGAUGAUACCAAGUCACAAGAUGAGUUUGUCCUGUCAGAGACGUCCUCGGAGAGUAGCGAUGAGGAUGCGAGUGUCGUGGAAAGUGAAGAACCAUCAACAGCAGAUGAGCAGGAAGAGGACCCAGACGUCCAGGAUAUAGCAGCAACGCCGCCGCGGAGUAAACGAGGACGCCCAGCAGGCUCCCAACGCAUUGCCACCGAAACGUCCGCAUCUGCGCGCGCGCCUGCUGCUGCCUCAGCCUCCCCCGCAACAUCGUCGUUACCCCCGCUCACGCCAACCCCCCCUAUGUACAUGCCUAGGUCCGAUUCACACCUCACUAAAGCAGAGCAGCGCGUGCAAGAGGAAAAGCGCAAGCGACUCGAAAAUGAGCAAGCCUACGACUUCCUCCUGGACAUCCGCGAUAAAGACAUGAACCGGCCUGGCGACAUGAAUUACGACAAACGCACACUGUAUAUUCCACCCAGUGCAUGGAAGUCAUUCACACCAUUUGAAAAACAGUUCUGGGAGAUCAAGCAACAACACUGGGACACUGUCUUGUUCUUCCAGAAAGGCAAGUUUUACGAAUUGUAUGAAGAAGAUGCACUCAUCGGGCAUCGCGAGUGUGACCUGAAGCUGACGGAUCGUGUCAAGAUGAAGAUGGUCGGUGUGCCAGAAGCCUCCUUCGACAUGUUUGCCACGAAACUCCUAGCUCUCGGCUACAAGGUCGGCCGCGUCGACCAGUGUGAGACAGCUGUCGCCAAGGGUAUGCGUGUCGGUGAGAAGAGUCGUGGCGGCGGCUCCGACAUUGUGCGCCGCGAACUUCGGCACGUUGUCACCAGCGGCACAAUCGUCGAUGGUAGUGUCCUGGCAGACGACCUCAGCAGCUACUGCAUCAGUAUCAAGGAGCAUGUCCUGCCAUCUGGCUUGUCCGAGUUCGGCAUUUGCACGCUGGAUGCUGCUACAGCCGAGUUCCGCUACAUGUCAUUCGAGGAUGAUGCGGUUCUUUCUCAGCUCGAGACUCUGCUGCGCUCUUUGCGGAUCAAGGAGGUCCUCCAUGAGAAGGGCGUCAUGUCGCCAUCGACACUUCGUCUCAUUCGCAAUACCGUUCCCACGACAUGUCAGAUCACCAUGCUCAAGCCCGACACGGAGUUCCUUGAUGAAAUCUCGACACGUGCGCGCCUCGCACAUCUGUUUGACAGCGUGCCAGACGGCCUCGCGCCUCUUGCUGAACAGGGUGGACUGGCUCUCUGUGCUCUAGGCGGCUUGCUGUGGUACUUGGAGCAGCUCAACUUGGACACGGAUCUUUGUGCCAGCGGCAAUUUCCAGGUGCAAACGGCCCCGGCCGAUGCGCAAGGCGCUCUCGUCCUCGAUGCCAAGUCCCUCAUGCAUCUGCAUGUGCUCCAGAACGACGAGGGCUCUGAUGAAGGCACACUGCACCGCCUGCUGAAUCGGUGCACCACUCCGUUUGGCCGCCGGCUCUUCAAGCUCUGGCUCUCGUCGCCUCUAAGCAAGAUCGAGGCUAUCGAGGCUCGUCUCGAUGCCGUGGACGACCUGCGUGCGAAUCCCGCCUGGGCCGACGCCUUCGAUGCUUUCGCCAAGUCACUCCCUGAUCUCGAGCGCCUCCAGUCGCGUAUCGCCGCUGGCAAGUGCCGUCCUCGAGACUUUUUGCUUGUGUUGCGAGCGUUCGGGCGCUUUGGCAGUGCCAAGGAGCAGCUUCUCACUCUUUUGUCGUUGUCAGAGUCGCCAGUCUCUCGUCCAUCGAGUGUGCUGGUCACUCUCCUGCGGGAAUGGCCAGACGUCGCUGAGUUGGCACAGAUGCUUCGGAGUCACUUCGUCUCGAAUGACGAUGGCUCCUUCACGCCCGUCAAGGGCGAGUGCGAAGCGUACGAUGCCGCCGUUGAUAGCGUACAUGCUGCAGAGGCGCGCUUAGAGGCUGAAAAGGACCGGUGUGUCGCUGAGCUUCGCAUCUCGAAACGCGAGGCAGGGUGGAAACAUGUGGGCACGAAUGAAAUCUACCAACUCGAAGUGCCUGCGCGCACAAAAGUGCCUGCGCCUUGGAUCCUGAUGAGUCAGACGAAAGCAUGCAAACGCUACUACACACCUCGAACCCGCGAGUUGAUUCGCGAGCUCAAAGAGGCGCGUGAGACUCGCGUCGCUGCGCUAAAGCGCUUUCAAGAGGAUGUAUAUGUCUGGUUCCGCCAGGACUUGCCGUCAUAUGCACGUGCGAUACGAUCGGUCGCGCAGCUGGAUUGUCUCGUGAGUCUUGCUAAGAGCUCCAUGGCACUCGGCACGCCGGCGUGCCGUCCAGAGCUCGUGCAGCAAGACUCCGCCAUGUUCCGCUUCACACAACUCCGGCAUCCGUGCAUGGCGCCCAGCUCUUUGACGGGUGCGACAGAGUUUAUCCCGAAUGACGUGGCAUUAGGUGCCGAUGCUGAAGAUGUCAUGGUACUCACGGGAGGCAACAUGGCCGGUAAAAGCACCACCGCCCGCACCGCAGCCACCGCCGUUAUCCUGGCACAAAUGGGGUGCUAUGUGCCUGCGACACACGCGCGCAUCGCACCUGUUGAUCGUAUCGCAUCGCGCAUGGGUGCGAAUGACCAGCUGUUCCGCCGGCAAUCGACAUUUAUGGUGGAAAUGCUUGAAGCGUCCAAGAUUCUUCGCGAAGCGACGCCGCGCUCACUCGUCUUGAUGGAUGAGCUUGGCCGUGGCACAUCGACAUUUGAUGGCCAGGCCAUCGCCUACGCAGUACUGUACCACCUUGUCGCUCGUUCACAGUGCUUGUGCUUUUUCAUGACCCACUACACUACGAUGGCCCAAAGCCUUGACACGUACCCACGCCUUGCCAAUCGGCACAUGGAGGUGCGUGUCGACGACGAGCAUCGUCAUGUCGUGUUUACAUACCGCCUCGUGCCAGGCGUAGCGGAAUCGUCGUAUGGCACACAGGUCGCUCAUAUUGCUGGUGUGCCCGCGGACAUCUGUGCCAAGGCGUCAGACGUGUCGCGGGAAUUCUGGCAUGAAGCACAGCGUCUCCAUGCCCAGCAGGCACAUUGCUCGAUCCCACUCAAUCAGCUCGCAGACUUCGCGCGCCUGGUCACCAUGGGCCGAGCAGGCGCCAUCAACUCAAGCUAG